AUGAACGAGGAAAGGAAGAGGAAUGGAGUCGCAUACCUGUCGGAGGUCUACAAUUCGUCUCUCAAGGCGGGAAUCGAUUUACCUCACAUGCACCAAUCGGGCAAUUGCAGAAGCAGCAGGGAGGGGGAAGGCUCACAAAGCUAUUCGACAGGAAGAGAGAGAGCGAGUUCGGGAAGCCAAAGUAGAUUGGAAGGGGUAGAGGGAAGAGCUUCACCGGGUUCGGAAGGUAGGAUCUCUGAAGGAAAUUUAAAAAUCCCUCUGAGAUUUACUGUGAGAAGGCUGGAGCAGGAAGUUCAAUGUGAGGAGGAGCAAGUCUCGCAGGGGAGAUGGAGAGGAAGGUACAGAGACGAGAUGAGGGCGACAAACCUGAAUGUGGAGAUGGAUAGGGCGGCGACGGCGAUGGAAGUAGGGCUUUGA